AUGGCUCAAGAUGAGAAGAAAAAAAAGGAUGAUCCAAAGAAGGAGUUCAAGAAAGAAGUCAAAGUCGAGCUGGUGGACAUGAUCAGCUCAGUCAAGAGCAGGCAGCUGAUGAGCUUGCAGGCCAAGAGAGAAAGAGAGGAGAUGGACAAACAGAACAAAGAACGCAUGGAAGAGGCGGCCGAAGAAGAGAGACUACGCAGACAAAGAGCGACCGCAGAAAAGAACUUUCAGGAGGGUAUUAAAAAGGCCAAACUGGUCCUGCGUAGAACUCCGCUGGGUACAGACAGAAAUCAUAACAGAUAUUGGUUUUUCUCCGACGUGGUUCCUGGAUUGUACAUUGAGAAAGGCUGGGUGCAUGACAGCAUAGACUAUAGCUUCACACCUCCUCCUGAGCCUGAUGUGGACGAUGAAGACGAUGAGGCUGAUGAUAGCGGAAGUAUCGAUGGCACGAAAAAUGACGAAGCCCAGCUGGGGGCACCAACAGACGUCUGUAUAGAAACUACAAUUCCUAAGCAGGGACAGAAUCUCUGGUUUAUAUGCGACAGUCCUGCUGAACUGGAAGAGUUGGUGGACAGUCUUCAUCCUCAUGGAGUUCGAGAGAGUGAGCUGAAGGCAAAGAUAGAAAGCAGGUGAAUGAAUGAAUGAAUGCAUG